GAGGAGGAGCCCGUCGCGGCCGGACUCAUCCCUCCUUCUGGCGGUCUGGCCCAGGCCCAUCUCGCUACCGACUUGCCGACUGCCGAGCGCCCCAGCCCCCUCGCUCUGUCUCUCGUCUAGUCGUCUGCCUCCUCGCGCGAGCGCCGCCACCGCCGGCUAUACUGGAUUGGACUAAAGAUGGAGAAACAGAAGGGGACUAGCAUAAUCUGGAACUUGCUUCUGUUUAGAGUUCCAUUGUGUACAUUAACCUUUUCUGGAGCUCUUGAGAUACAUCACAAAUAUAUCCUUGAGAUUUAGUACUCCCUCCGACCGGAAUUACUUGUCGAAAUAUUACAUGUAUCUAGACGCUUUUUAAACAUAGAUACAUCCAAAUUUAGGCAAAUUUGAGACAAGUAAUAUGGGUCGGAGGGAGUAGUAUGUUAUUAAUUCAAAAGUUAAUACCUUUCAGGAGGCAGACGUUAGAUCCUUCGUGCGAUGUUGCUUUCAGCAAAUAUUUUGUUCUCAUACGGUAUUUCCUGCGAAAACUAAUUGGAAACUUUGCUGAAAGUUCUUUUAGUCUCUUGUUUGCUGCAGAUCUAUUAAAGCAUUCCCAUGGCAACUCUGAAAGAUGCAGCAGUGCGGAAGCCUAUACUGGCGACAAUCCGCCUGCUCGUGCCGGCUGGUGCUGCACGUCCUGCACCACCAGUUGGUCCAGCACUGGGGUUUUAUAGGCUCAAUUUGAUGGCUUUCUGCAAGGAUUUCAAUGCAAGGACCCAGAAGUAUAAGGCAGAAACUCCUAUGCAAGUCACGCUAACCGCCUACAAGGAUAGUACUUUCGAGUUUGUAGUCAAGUCGCCUUCCGUUUCAUGGUUCCUCAAGAAAGCAGCAGGAAUUGAGACAGCCAGCAGUCGUCCAGGUCACAAUGUUGUAUCAUCCCUGACGCUCCGCCACGUGUAUGAGAUUGCAAAACUUAAGCAGGCUGAUCCCUUCUGCAAGCAUAUGUCGCCCGAGGCAUUGUGCAAAUCUAUCAUUGGCACAGCAAAUUCCAUGGGAAUUGAGAUUGUUAAAGAUCUCUGAGGAACUUGGCUUGUCUUUUAGUAGGGACACAACUCCGACCCACCUUCCUGGGUGACAUUUGUGAGUUGUAGUUUUCAGUUGAUGUGGGAGAAGAUGGGAGUUCUUAAAUCGUUGAACUUACUGAGCUCUCUGCUAGUGUUUGUUUAGGAAUCGCCUGAGCUUAAUUUUCUUGGAAGUCUCCAUCCCAGGCAAUUUUUUAUUUUUCUUCGUACUCAAACUGAAAUUAGAGAUUCCUGGAUAUGUCUCCAACAAUAUAUUGCAAUGUCGAUCUCUUCCAAGUGAAGAUAUUUCAUGGAAAAUAAUGUGACUCCUGAGUUUUUUGCCCAGA